AUGGGAAGACCGUUUUUAAAAUGUGGCCUUAUCCUUGAUUGGCAUAUUCCAUCUAAAGAAGUAUCAAUGUGUUUCGUCGAUGAACUGAAUACCCUUCUUCGUAACAACGAAUAUGAACGUAGAUUGAAGUCACCUCAAAGGAUGUCAAAAAAUCGACAGGAUAAUCCCGAUGUCAUAAACGAUUCAUCACUUAUCAAGGCUAAGAAAAACAGCGGUCUUGAUGGCGUCAGUUUCUGUGUAGAUUCAGAACUGGAUCUGAUUUUUUUCUCAGGAUUAGGUUCAAUUCUUGGUUGUAGAUUAACUCGCGCAAAUACCCAUGCCUCACAUUGGGCCCGAGCUGAGAAGCGGGGAAAGGACACACGCUUCCCCGUCCCUCCACCUCAGUAUUCCGAUAUGGAUGUUAUCGAAUUUCAGCUACGCAUUGCAACGAUUGGUCUGCGAUCAGUAUUGCGGUCUAUGCAAAAAGGUGUAGUCACAAUGGUUUUCCUUGAUGCAAAUUUGCUAAGACCAUCUGCUGUUAGUACUGUCUUAGGGCUGUACGCUAUCAGUUGUAACGCAGUGAAUGUCUAUGCUCUGGAAGGUCUCGAUGUAACGAUCUCAAAAUCGCUAAACUUUCGUGUUGUUGGAGCUGUCGGAUUAUGCGAAAACGAACAGACGGACGCAAUUUGUACAAAAGCAAAACGUGAAUUACGUCCAGUAGAAAGGGUGUGCACGCGUACAUCACGAAUGUCGAUGCCGUUGAUAGCCGCCGAGUUGAACGUUUCAUGUGGAAAACAAAAGAAAAGUGGCAAAAAGAAGAAAAAAAGCAAACUAAAAGUGAAUUUCGUAACUAAUUAG